CGUUUUUUAGUUUAUACUCAGCCUGAUAAAGAGAUCUGGCAGUUAUGAAUAAGGAAAUGCUGUUAGUUGAGGUCGGUGUUACGGAUCAGAAGGAUCGUGUGGCGCUGACCUUCAGUGGAACUGAUGUCCUGCCUCCUCCUACAUAAACACGACACGCCUGAAAAGCAUCGCACACCUACAGACCCAGCAAUUCGCUCCAGCGUGGGCUACCUGGCGAUGAUGAGUACGGGGUACGGCGUUUCUUCACAGAUCUCUGGGAUUUACUGGUGAACUACAACACUAACUUUUCACCAAGGCUUUAAACUAUUUUUCCUUUCAUUUUGAUUUAUUCUUAAGGGCGCGCAGCUUUCAUCGAGCUCCAUUUACGCUAACAGGUGUCUGAAUGCCUGGCUUACUGGUCUUACAGCAAAGAAUAAAAUACUUUUCGCGCUGAAAUAUUUUUAAUCUGCAAUGUCAAAGACAUCAGACCAUUUUGACGACUCCGACUGCGUGUGCUCCUUUGGCACGAAGCUAACGUGGGAUAUAAACGACCCCAAAUUGCCGCAGACCUGUAUGGCACAGGAUGUCAAACAGUACGACGCUUUCCAAGAAUGGACGGACGGCUACGUGCGGUGCAUCUACGGCGGCGAGGACAAGAGCGCGCAGCGGCACCUGAGCGGCUGGGCCAUGCGCAACACCAACAACCACAACUGCCAGAUCCUGAAGAAGUCCUGCCUGGGGGUGGUGGUCUGCAGCCGCGGCUGCACGCUGCCGGACGGCACCAAGCUGCAGCUGCGGCCCGCCAUCUGCGACAAGGCUCGGCAGAAACAGCAAAAGAAACUCUGCCCAAGCUGUAACUCGGCCCUGGAGCUGAUGCCAUGCCGUGGGCACAGCGGAUACCCCGUCACCAACUUCUGGAGGCUUGAAGGGAAAGCCAUAUUUUUCCAGGCCAAAGGAGUUCAUGACCACCCCAGGCCAGAGAGCAAAUCAGAGACAGAGGCCAGGAGGAGCGCAGUAAAGAGAAGGAUGUCCUCUCCACACUUCGCCCACAGGAGGAGGCCUGUGGACUCAGAGCCUGGCAGGGCCAUGUACCAGGAGCCUGGUGGCCCAUUCCCUGGCCUGCACCCACUGUCCUGCGUGGACAGCACUGAGCGCUUCAGCCUCCUCCAGCCACAGCACUACUCCUCCUUCCAGGCUCCUGAACCGUAUAAGUUCCCCUACGACACAGCACCCUCCGGAGGGGAGGCUACCUCCCAGCUGCAGAAGACGGCCAACCAUCGGCUCUACGUGGCACACCCCACCUACGAGUUCGCUGUGCCUGGCUACCUGGGUGCGGGCUCCUAUGCCACACUGUACAAGGAUGCGGGCUCGCAGCCAGAGGCCGACUCGGGGCGAGUGUGCACGGGCAUGGGCGUGGCUGGAGCCCCACGUGGCGCCAGUCCCUCUCCCACUCAUGAACGUGGCUAUGAGGCCUCAGCCAAACACCCAGGCUGGAAGCAGAUCCUGGGCAAAGGGGCCUACACAGACCGGGCUGACUAUGGACAGCUGCCUGCUAGCGCUGGCCACCCCUACUAUAAUGGCGAGUUCCCCUGCCGAUACGGCGCCCCCACCCCCACUGCAGCCACCACCCCAGCCCUACAGACCAUCAUCACCACCACUACCAAGGUGUCGUAUCAGCCCUGCAAGCCCUCCGUGGUCAAGGAGUAUGUGCCGGGUCUCUAUGACGUCAAGAACCUAGCCAACACCGGCACGCUGCUGGACUGCAGUUCCCCCAACCCUUACUCUGAGCUGAAGGCACCAGAGGACUCGGGAGUCAUCAAGUCAGCACUGGCCUACCAGCAGGAGGCCAUGUCCUCGAAGGAGAGGGCUGAGCCUUUUGACUUUUAUCGAUAUGGAAGCUACACAUCGAGUAGCUACCCUGAGCGGAUGGGCCAUCCCAGGUACGAUAAUGGUGAAUACUAGGGAGCGAUAGAAAGAGAUUACUGUUUUCUUUUUGCCAAAGGAAUUUCCCUAAAUGUGUUUGUACAUGUGUUCCUGCAUGGGAAAGACUGCUGAGCUGUUCACAAGUCAAUACAUAAUGUGAAAAUUAUCGGUACUAUUUAUACUACUGGACUAUGAGGAGAGAAAUGCGAUCACAUGCGGUGGAGCCGCGUAUGACUGGUGUUAACAAACGUUGACAUGUAUGAUAUUUCACGUGUGGCAUUACUGAUGACAAGGACAUUUGAUGACUUUUUCAGUGUUUUGUUUUAUACGAGCAUAAAGCACAAAAUAAAUAUUGUGAUGUCAAUAA